GGAGGAAUAGUGCCCCAUCGUUGGUGUCAGUGUGGGGGGGGGGGGAAAUAGUGCCCCAUCGUUGGUGUCAGUGGGGGGAGGAAUAGUGCCCCAUCAUUGGUGUCAGUGGGAGGAAUAGUGCCCCAUCAUUGGUGUCAUGACACAAAUGAUGGGGCACUAUUCCUCCCACUGACACCAAUGAUACUUACCUUGCUGACCCCUGCUCCAGCCUGGGCUCGCUCUCUCACUUACCUGUCAGCUGUCUUCCUUCUCUGGCCGCUCUCCUCUUCACUCGCUCCCUCGGUCUUCUUUGAUGUACGCGCGCUGCCGCUGGCUCCUCCUCUCCAAGCUCCACCUCCUCGCCGGUGAUUGGCCGCCUGUGUGCCUCUCCUGAGCUACAGUUCCGGGUGGCC